AGGGAAGAAAAGGAGAGAGAGAGAGAGAGAGAGAGGGGGGGAGUGAUUUAGGGCAGCAGGAACAUAAAAACUGUCGGCUUGUUCUUGAAGGACAACAGGAAAAAAGUCGAGUGUGUUCUUGGGUGCAGGAGCUUUACCUUCUUAAAGGGGCCAGAACACUGAACAGACGCAGGGCUGUGUGUGCGCGCACACACACACACACACACACGCACACACGCACACACGCACACACGCAGGUAGACUCUGGGUUGUAGUGAACGGGAGAUGGAGAAGGAAAAUGGAGCCAGGAGAGCAGCGGCAUGGUAACAGAGUGUGUGUUUCCUAAGAAGCUUUUACAGGAGUCUGUUUGGAGUGUCCCACCAGCCCCACCCCCCUCGCAACCUCAUGACCCCAACGUGGUGGGAGACAGUGCACCACCUGAUGGGAGCCCACUCUUGACCUCUGACACUUUGCCAGGAGAGUCGAAGCAAGGACAGUCUGGACCAUAUUCGGAGGACAGCGGUCACUCUGGAAACAAACCGAGAGAGACAGACAGAGAGACAUCACUGAGAAACCACAACACCACGGUCGCCACGGCAACUAGCACGGAGAUGGCACUGAUCAGCAAUGCUCUUGCCGCCUACACCUACAUCACAGAGCACCCUGAACGCUGCGCACUGUACUUCAUGUGCGGUGUGUGUGCCGGCCUCUUCCUCACGCUCUUCGCGCUCGUCGUCCAGGUGUCCUGCCGCGCCGACUGCGACCGGCGCCGGGCGGGCGCUAAGAAACGGCCCCGACCCGCCGACCCGGACAGCGAGAGCAGCGGCGACAACUCCGACUCGGACUGGGACACGAGCUCGGAUCUGUCGGCACGGCGGCGGCGACGCUUCGAGCGCACGCUCAACACAAACGUGUUCACCUCCGCCGAGGAACUGGAGAGGGCACAGAGGCUAGAGCAGAGGGAGAGAAUCAUCCGCGAGAUCUGGAUGAACGGCCAGCCGGACGUCCCUGGCACACGCAGCCUUAACCGCUACUAUUGA